UAAGCGCCUGCACCCGCUUUCUCGACAAACCCGUCUCUCCAAAAAGUCCAAUUCUUGCAGUCGCCAUUCAACUCCUCUCGCACGCGCUAGCUCAUUUUUAAAAGUCCCGUUCUCGUGAUUGUUAGCUUGUUCUUGAAUUCUCCAUCAAAGACAAGUGCAUUGUCUCGGGUACAAGUGUAAGUUCUGCCGCGAGCCCAGCGGACGAUGCGAGUCCAACCAGCAGGCGCUACUUGACAUCUGCGACACCCGAUAUAUAGCUAAAUAAAGGAAAGCCGAAACCACUUGGUCACUGAUGAGACGACUUUGAAGGAUGAGAGCAACGAUGGACGCGGCGAAAGCCGAGUACAUGCUGGGAGUGCUGUACCUGGGUGCAGCUGCAGCAUCGGUGAUCUCCGUAUCGUCUCUGGCGGUGACGUGGCAACAUUGGACCUGGACCCUCGACGUUUGCAUAGACGUCGAUUGCGGAUGCAUCCUCUACGGGGUCAACACGUUCAGUACCUUUAUGGGCGGUGACAGCAAGCUCUGCGUGUUCGGCUCGACGGGUCUCGCGCCAGCGGUAUUCAUCGGCCUUGUGCUUGGCAUCUAUCACGCUUACCGCAGCUGCAUACCUCGCACGCUUGGCGAGCCGCGAACUAUCAGUGCCACGAGCGACAGCGACACCAGUAGCGUUGAUUUCAGGUAUAACUCCGAGGGUCGAGUGGUGGUAAUUGGGCCGAAGCAAAGGUCACCCUGCAAGCAAUGGGUACCGGCUGGCUUCAUAGCCAUACUCAUAUGUUGCCUCUCCCUCGCUCAUGCAGUCGUUCUCACUGACGGGUAUUACAAGACUUGCGAGCAGUAUCGCAGAAAUUUGGUUCGUUUACUCAACUCUACUGGCCAAGAACUUCAGGCAAUCCAUAACAGACUGUCAUGCGGAGCGAUUCUUGAUUUCAUGGAUUACAUUCAGCCAGAUGCCAACAAUUGGCGGCGGGGGGACAUAAUCAAUACUGGUUUAGCUCUCCAAAUUGCCUUAAUAUCGUCCUGGUGCAAUUUUUUCAUUUGGGCUACUGUAUUCUUCAUAAACCUGAAUAUGGCAAGGCAGAGGCUCAAAAGUUUAGAUGAAAAGUUAUUCUGCUGUUGAGAGAGUGACUGAUUUUUAUUAUUAGUAUUAUUAGUAUCCGAUUGAUUUUAAUAUAAAAAUCAUUGAUCGUAUUAUGUAUUAAACGUUAUAAACUAUUUUUUUAAGCACAUAAAACCUACAUCAUGAAAUAUACACGAUUAAGUAUAUAGUAUUUAAUAACAAAUUUAUUAUAUUCAUAUGCAGUAAUUAAUGUAUUACUUUACAAAUAGAUGUUUGAUGUAAUAAAAAAUUUUAUGAGUCAAGUUUUUGCAACGAAAUUAUGUAUCUAUUGAAAUUGAAUGUUGUAAAUUUAUUUUUCAACUAUUUAAAUUAAUCUGCAUUAAGCGUAAUAAUAUAUUGUUUUAACUAUACUUUUUAUUAUACACGGUAAAUAUACGAGAUAGGAUAUAACCGACUUUUUCUUGCAUGGCAGAGAUACACGUGUUGACGAUCAGCAAAGUUAAAGAGCGUUGAGUGCGAAUAGUAUCCAAAUAGAUACUGACCGCUUCUAUACCACUUUGUU